UCGCGGUUAGCUUGUCUUUGGGUUUGUGUUACCAACGUUAAUUUGAUUGUUAGUGGAUUCAGGGCUGCCAACCUUACUGUAACGAUGAGUGCUUCCGGGAUUGUUCAAUACGUGGUAGUCCGAGGCGACCUCUUGAAAGAGUUGGGUUGGCCAAUCGGCGCUGUCAUCGCUCAAGCCUGUCAUGCUGCCACCGCAGUCACCCAUUUGUUCCACGAGGACGAACACACCCAACUAUACUUGAAAGACCUGGACAACAUGCACAAAGUGGUGCUAGAAGCCCCAAACGAAAGCAGCUUAGUCACCUUGAAAGACAAACUCAACGAAAAUAACAUCAAACACAAACUGUGGAUCGAGCAACCCGAAAAUAUACCCACGUGUCUAGUGGCCAAGCCGUACCCCAAAGACGAAAUCCAGAAGUAUUUCAAAAAAUUCAAACUGUUUAAAAGUUGACAUGUAUCUAUAGUAAGAAUUGAAUAAAAAUAAAAACGCA